GCGCCGCACGGGCAAGUGGGAGCUGCCGGGCCCGGGGAGGGGCGGGCCGGGCGGCGGCUCCCGGCGGCGGCUCCCGGGGUUGCAUUGCUCUCUUGGGCGAUCAGGCCACCCCGGAGAGCUGGGUCCACCCCGGAGGUAUUGUGUCCUGGUGCCGGGCUCUGGGCGCACCAGUUGUGCUGCGUGGUGUAGCGUAGAGUACGCGCCUUUCUUUCAAGCCUUGGUUACAGUUUAUUGAGCACAUACUAUUUUACCUCCAUGGCUCAUUGCCUUGACAGCAGCCCUACUAAGUAAGGUGAUGUUUUCCCUGUUUUACAGCUGUGGAAACCAAGAAAGGUUUACAGCUAGAAGGCGGUGGAAAUUGAAUUCAAACUCUGGUUCAGUCCAAAGCUACUGCACUUCAGACCUUUGUGGUCAGAUAUAACUUUGAUUUUUGAAGCCAGCGUCUGCCACUUAUAGUUGUGUGAUCUUGGGUACCUUUCCGACUCUGCUCAUGUGAAAAAUUGGAGGCAUGGAGUUCCCACUUAUGCAUUGAUGAAGAGGGCAGCCUGACCCCCUGCUUUUCUCCGCCUCCCAGCUUCGCAAACGGAGGCUUUGGCGCCUCUGGAGCUGAGUUUGUUUACGAAGUUUUCAAAGAUGUUUCUCUCACAGUUAUGCAGAAAUUGUCACCCGAAUGAACUUUGACGUUAAGUCCUAGUUUUAAAGUUGAGGAAGUGGAAGCCUUUGCAUAUGGUUUCUUUGGGGGCCAGCUGUGCAGAUUUUGCCUAAAUGAAUCAGAUGGAUUUGGCAGGGUGCAGACAGGCCUGGGGACACGAUGAAAUGCUAGAGAUCUGGCUGAUGAUAGAAAGUGGACAGGCCAGUUGGGGUGGUUCUUCCUUCGAGCCCUAAAUUCCCACCAGAUCCUCUUCUGUCUUUCGAGCAAGGUCUGAAUGUGUCCUCCUGGGUAAUCUGGUUAAAGGGUUCAGAACCUCACUUAGUACCUGUGCCUUUAGGGCUGAAGGCAGGCCAGCAGUAGCAGUGAGCUUAGCUUUGUUUUGAAAACUACCCACUCUCCCAUUUUUAGAUUGCAAAAAUUUUUCUCUGAAAGUUUCAAAGGAUAUGAUUUUUGGUUAAUUGUAAAUAUGGACAUUUAAAAAAUAAAACUGUUACAUUAGGCACUUAAAUCUGCAGUGAUUUGAUUUCCCUCAUCCUUUGAAAAGAAUACAUGAACCAGUUUUUUUUUAUAUAUAGGGUUUUUUUAAUAUAUAAAUUUACUUAUUUAUUUAUUUACUUUUGGCUGCGUUGGCUCUUCGUUGCUGCGCGGGGGGCUUUCUCUAGUUGUGGCGAGAGGGGGGGUACUUUUCAUUGCAGUGCGCGGGCUUCUUAUCGUGGUGCGCGCACUUCAGUAGUUGUGGCUCAUGGGCUCUAGAGCUCAGCCUCAGUAGUUGUGGCGCUUGGGCUCAGUAGUUGUGGCGCACGAGCUUGCUCCGCGGCAUGUGGGAUCUUCCCGGACCAGGGACCAGGGCUUGAACCCGUGUCCCCUGCAUGGGUAGGUGGAUUCUUUUUUUUUUUUUAAUUAAUUUAUUUAUUUAUUUUUGGCUGUGUUAGGUCUUUGUUGCUGUGCGCGGGCUUUCUCUAGUUGUCGUGAGCCGGGGCUACUCUUCGUUGCGGUUCGUGGGCUUCUCAUUGUCAUGGCUUCUCUUGUUGCGGAGCACGGGCUCUAGGCGCGCAGGCUUCAGUAGUUGUGGCACGUAGGCUCAGUAGUUGUGGCUCGCAGGCUCUAGAGAGCAGGCUCAGUAGUUGUGGCACACGGGGCUUAGUUGCUCCGCGGCAUGUGGGAUCUUCCUGGGCCAGGGCUUGAACCUGUGUCCCUUGCAUUGUCAGGCAGAUUCUUAACCACUGCGCCACCAGGGAAUUCCACCAAUUUUUAUUUAACGGUUGAAAUUUUACAUUGUUCCUUUUUCCUCCUUGAACUCGUAUUUCCACUAUAUUUCCUCCACAGAAUUUUUUUCUAGUAAAAUCGAUUUUAUGCUCGAAGUCUUUGGUUUGUUGUCCUACUUCUCUGCAACAAAAAUACGUACAAAAAUUAAAACACUUGAAAAUUGUAUUGUCAUAAUAUUAAACAUUUUCUUUUGGAUUGAGUUCAAAAAUUGUAAAAUACCCAAUUGACCACAACAACUAGUUUUGAUCAUUGUUAAACAUAAGUUUUAUUUAAAAUGCUUCUCUUAAUAAGCCAAAUGGAACUUUUUAAAAAAUUCAUAUACGUAUCCAUGUAUAUUUGCUAGAAAGAGCAGAGCUUUUUUUUCUCUCAUGCCCGUAAGCAUUGAAAAAGUUGGUUCUUGUAAAUAAAUACAGAGGAGUUGAAGACAUUUCGUUGUGGCAGUAAUACUCAACUCUUUGAACAUCUUUUGAGUUAUGGGCCAAAAAAUCACCGUGAUGUCAAUUACUAAUGACUUGUCAGCUGACAGUUCUUUUAGGUCCUCCUUUAACUUUACUGAAGGCAAAGGUUUAGAAAGCACCGGACUCAGCAGGAGAAUUUGUUACGUGGUCACUAUAAACAAUCACAUUCUUGGCAUGAAUACUUAUAUUUUGAAUUACCCCUUUGGGGUGCCAGGGGUAUUUUGCACCGUGGAACAAUGCACCUUAGUAAAAUUUGGCAUGGGUGGGUAGUUACACCUUUCUGGGAACCUGGGAAAAGAUAGCCCGCAGCAUGUUCCAAGUGUGAUCUGUUCUCAUAGGGAGACACUUGGCAAACUGAGUUGAAAUUUAUUCCUCUUAAACCAUGUUUUUGUGUCCCUUGGAAAAUCUUCGUGCCUCCUCCAGUACGAAGACCACUUGGAACUACGGUGGGCAAAUACCUAACUUCUUUUACCUUCCAUUUCCUCACCUUUAGAAUGGGAAUAAGUAAGAACUGACUUCUUUGGGUCAUGGUGCUGAUCAGAUGGGAUCCACGACGUCCAGGCACACAGGGAGCAGCUCAGACGGUGGAUGGCAGCUCUUACACUCCAGUCCCUGCCUGCUGGGACACUCAGCUUCCUAGGCACUCCUUGCCUCGGUUUCCUCAUUUGUGAGCCCAAGAUAUCUCAGCCCAGGAAUGUGGGGGUGGGAAGUGAUGUGGAAGAGGUUUUGUGAUGGUCACAGUACGUUUUCUGGAACAGACAUGUUCUUAUUUUAAAAUAGUUACUGUUGAGUUCCUGCUGACCCAAGAGCUGGACAUUUUGCUGUGAGCUUUAGGUACAGUAUUCAGCCGAUAUUGUCUGAGGCCCUGCUGCUCGUCGGGCCCUGUUUUAAGCACCUUGAAUUCAAUAGUGCUCAGAUUCUAGGGAGAGAGGAAGAUUACAAUAAAUAAUCACAUAGACAUAAUAUUUGAGGGGUGAUAAGUGCAGUGAAGAAAAGUGAAACACGAGGGAAACGGUGCUAUUUUACAUGUUCAGGGCAGUCUCUGAUAGGGUGACAACUGAGCGGGGAAGGGGGUGAGCCGUGAGACCCUUGGGGGAAAGGACCUUGUGUGUGGAGGGAACAGCGUGUCCACAGGCCCGAGGUGGGAGUGCUCAGCACGGUCAAGGAGCAGCAAGGCAGUCAGGGUGGCUGGAGGGUCUCAUUCAAGGGGGGGAGUGGUGGGUGCCUGGAGAGAAUGGAGCUGUGUCUGUCAGGAGGCCCCUACGGGACUCUAAGGACUGGGCUUGAAGUGAGACGGGGACCUUGGAGGGUUUUGGCAGAGGGAUGACACUAUCCAACCACACUAGCUGCUGUUAUGACGAACAGACUGUCGGGGAGCAAAGGUGGCAGCAGAUCACUGGGAGGCUGCUGCAGUAAUCCAGGAGCAAGACGGUGGGUGGGGUUGGCGGGGCUGUGGGGGGGUGGCGGGCGUGUCUGUCUAGGUGGUGAAGCUGGAAGGUAGAGCUGGCAGGGGGCGCGGGUAAGUUGGAUGAAGAUUGUGAGAGAGGAGCCAGGAGGGUGCCGAGGGUUUUGGCCUGAGCAGCUGAAAGGACGGAGGUGCCCUUCAGGGAAAGGGAGUAGACAGCAGUCACCGACGUGUCACACGUUGAGUUGGGGAAGAUGAGGUGAUGGGGGCAUAUGGUACCUCAUUCAGUCCUGACGAAACCCCCGUGAGUAGUCAUUAUUAAUCCCGUUUUAUAUGCAAGGAAAUAGAAGCCCACAGCUCUGAAGUAAAUUGCCCUAGGCCACGUGGCUGCGUUCACAGACCCUGAGAUUUGGCAUUCCCCGUGAUCCUUUUUUCUGCAUCAACACCAGUGUUGUAGUCCAGUCCAAACGACCUCCCUGUCCACCCAUGAAAGCUCCCUGGAGUGAUGGUGUGUGCCUGGAGAGGGCUGUAGAAGAAAGACCUGCUCCCUCCCUCCCUCCCUCCCUCCCUUCCCUUGGUGUUGGUGAGGGCCGAGGGAGAGGGAGGCUGACCGCCAGCACCUGCUCUGGGGCCUCCCUCCAGGUCAUUGGCAGCCUGGAGAAGGAGGUGGUGACUUAAUAGGCCCAGCAGACGAAGAGAAGAGAACUUGGACCCAGGUUUGAACAGCAGCCUCUCACCAAUAAUGAAAGAUCAGGAGCCAGGAAACUGUAGAUAAAAAUAGCACUUAUCAGUUAAUUGGAAAACAAUAUAUUUUUGCAACCACUGCUUCCACAAGAAAAUAAUUGGGUCCCAAGGCAGGGAACAACUCGUUUUCAUGAAUGAUUAUAUUGAUCAUUGGAGCAACGUGGAUACAUCCCCUUUGGAAAGCAAUUCAGAGGAGAAGCGUGUGGCUGGUCAGACAUGCCCAGGGUGAAAUCCUGAGAGGCUGCAGAAGGAGGAGGAAAGAGGCUGGAAGUUCAUGAGGGAGCGGGCCCUGGCUGGGCAGGCCGGUGUGGGGCUGUUGACUGGGAGAUGCAAAACAAGGGAACUCGCCUCCAACCCAAGUCCCGAGCUCUCCCGAGGGAGGAAAGAAAGUGUGUCCAUUCACAUAUCAGUUCCUUAUUCUUUUUUGUUAAAAAACCCACAUUAUUUAUUUAUUUAUUUAUUUAUUUUUGGCUGCAUCGGGUCUUAGUUGCAGCACGCAGGCUUCUCUCUAGUUGUGGCGUGCCAUGUGGGAUCUUAGUUCCCUGACCAGGGAUCGAACCCACAUCCCCUGCACUGGAAGGCAGAUUCUUAAUCACUGGAGCACCAGGGAAGUCCCUCAGUUCCUUAUUCUGCUUGAAGCCAUUGGGUGUUUUGUUUGUUUGCACUUUUCUCCUGGAGGGAUUUACUGGCAGUGAGCAGCAUGUUCUUAUGGAAAGAGGAGCAGGCUGGGAGCCUCCCCUUUGCCACUGAGGGGAGAAUGUGACCCCCAAGUAUUUCCCAUUCCCUUUCCUGCUUCUGGAGUCAUUCAGUCAUUCAUUCUACGCAUAGUUAUCAAACACUGUCAGAACAAGAAGGGAACAUUGGUUGAGGGUUCCUUGUGUGCUAAGUACUGUUCUAAGUGCUUUGCACGUAUUAACACAUUUACUCUUCAUGGCAACCCAGAGUAGGUGUCCUUAGCUCCAUUUUACAGGUGAAGAAACUAAGUCAAAGAAAGCUUAAAUAACGUGACCAAUAUCACUCACCUGGUGAGCGACUGACAGUCACUAGACACCGGGCUAGAUGCUAGAGACAGAAGGGUCCAAACUGGACACAGCUUGUGACCUUGUGGAGCUUAUUUUAUCUAACACAUAGUCACACAAAAGUACAAAGCACAGUGGGCACAAGGGAAGGAGAGGAAAUGAAGUGGUGAGAGAUGUCAGAGGCCUGAUUUGGGUUUGGGGGGUGGACGAGGCUGCACCGAGAGAGGUGGCCUGCUUCCUCGCUGCUUUCAGGUCCUCACUCAGAGUGACUGCUUUGGUCCCUCGUUUAAAACAAUGACCCCCGUCACUCUUGAUGCCCUCCCCCACUCAGCACCGCCACACUUAUCGUGAGCUUUUUGAUGGUUUUUGAGCCAGAUCAAGAAGAGGAUAUCAAAGGUGGUCACUCUUCUGGUAGGUGCCUGCAGAGGAGCUACGGGACAGGUCUGCGUGGAUCUGGGUGCCUGACUUUGAGGCAGCUGGGAACCUAAACCUUCGUUACCUCCUUGCUGAGCCUUAAGGGGACAGUGGGCUCUCGGUCAGUGCGCCUCUUGGGCAGACCCAUCCCCCACCCUCCCCAGGCCCAGGGUGAGUACCACGUGAUCGCUCUCGCUCACCUGUCAGUGCUCUGUUAUUGGUUGGUUCCAUUUGUUACUGUCUGUCUCUCAGAAUUUUCCUGUGGGGCAAGACCUGUGUUUUCCUUUGGUUGCUGCAAAGCCCAGAGGAACUCGUUCAGCGGUUCAUGAAGGAGUGAGCUAUGGAGGGGCUUGUCAAAUGGGAACAGCUGUUAUUUGUCCAGCCCCUUUAAGCCAGGGGCCCACAGCUUCCCUGGGCAUGUGCUCCUCCAUCCCCUCGGCCUUCCUGGCAGAGGCCAAGCAGCUGUUCGUCUGUUUCUACAGAUGGUCAUCCAGGGCCCCAAGAAGGGAAGCUCUUCACUGGGUUACCCAAGGAGGCUGGGGCAGAAUUGAGCCUGGAAUUUAUCUCUGUGCCCUGGUGGUUGUCCAUAAGAUCCGGCCCCCUAUUCUGCAGAGGGAAAACACCAGUGUGAUCAUCAAGAAAUAAUUUUUCUUUGGCCCCAAAUUGAUUUGCCUACAGACGGAUGUGCCAUCCUUAUUUUGUCUUAAUCUAAAUGUAAAUUAAGUUUCCAUUCCCGGGGUACAUUAAGGCAGGGGUCUAGACUUGGAGUUAGGAGCCCUGAAUUCCAUCCAGGCUCUGCUUUUAGUUGUGGUCCUGGGCAAGUCCCUUCUUCUCUGGUCCUCAGUCUUUACCAUCGUAAACAAAGAGUCCAUCCCAAGCCCUGUUGCACAGCAGAACUGCCUGGGUACCUCCAGCCCCCAACACCAAGAUCUGACUCAGUAGGUCUCGAGGCGGAUCCUGGUCCUGUGUACAGGAAGGAGGUGAGGUCUGUUCGGCCACAUGGUCUUACAGGCCCCCUUACCCAACUCGGCAAACCUGGGUGACCAGGUGACAGUGGCUUGCUUUCAUCGAUGAGGGGUCAGGGCCUUGUGGAGAACCAGCCCUUGCCGCUUCCCUCAGCUGCGGCCUGUUUUCAAGAUGGGUCUUCCGCAGAAGAGGACCCCGUGCUUUAGGGACAACAGGACAGAGUUUGGAUUUAAAACGCUGGUGCUAAAUAUCCCAUUUCAAAACUUCACCAAAAAUAAAUAAAUAAGGAAUUCCCUGGUGGUCCAGUGGAUAAGACUCCACGAUCUCACUGCUGAGGGCCUAGGUUCAAUCCCUGGUCAGGGAACUAAGAUCCCACAAGUCGUGCGGCCCAGCCAAAAAAAAUUUUUUUAAUUUUUUAAUUAAAAAAAUUUUAAAAAGCUUCAGCUGAGUGGAUGAAUUUUUUUUUUCCCCCGCAAGUGAACCCUGUCCUUAAUUCCUCUUUUGUAAGCUGGAGGGAGACCUACCUGGGGGCAACUCCAGUCUCAGAGAGAUUGUAGAGAAAUGCCUUGUAAACGGUUUAAUAAUUUAGUUAGAUCUCUCCACGUGGAUGAUGAUUCUGGUGGAUAUUUUCCUCUCUCCUCGCUGGCUUCCCUGGGUGAGAAUGAGCGCGGGCAGAUUUAAACAUCUAGGUUGGUCCCCUGCUGCCCCAAGCCACCCACCCACUCAGCCCACACCCGAGCGGCUGCCUCCCCCUGUCGUUUAGUGUGUCCUCAGGGGAAGCAGACUCAUUUCAGUAUAAGCUCAAGCAAACUGUAAUUAGGACAGUAAAUCUGCUGUUUAACCAAAAAAAAAAAAGUCCUAGGACAGGUUUCAGGGUCCUGGACAUCCUUCCUUUGAUGCUGAAGGAAGGAUGGGAGAGACGUGGCCUUUGAUUUAAUUUCUCCCAGUUUGGGAACAGAGUCCAGGACAUGGUAACCAUGUUUACUGAAAAUGCAACACGGCUUAAAAUCUACUGUGAGAUCGUCUGAGGCUGCAGGAAUGGGGACCUGACUUCAUGAAAGUCUUUUUUUUCUUUCCAUGCCUUGCAGUAUGACUGACUCAGAGCAUCCGUCCUGCACCAGCACCCUCACCUCCUUUCCAGGGCAUUUACCACGUCAGUGGCAGUGCACCAAGGGCUGUAGAUGUGUUUUCUCGGUCAGUCUGCACAACAGCCUUAGGAGGCAGGUUCUGUCAUCUGCAUUUUACCCCCAUUUUAUGGAUGAAGAAAACUGAGGUUGAGAGAGGCAAGUGACUUGCCCCGGGUUGCACAGCAUGCAGGUGGAGCAACUGGAUUUGAAGGGUCUGUGCUCCUAGCCUCUGUGCUGUACUGCAACUGCUCAGUCUGAGAACCGCAGAUCACCACGCCAGGCUGAAGGCUACCUCCCCACCAAGCCUGUUUUCCUUCCCUCGUUCCUUCUUGGCAUGAUCCACACUUCUCUAAACCUCAGGCUUAGUGGCCACUCAGCCACUGCCUCUCGCUGAGCUCCCCACCUGGGCUGCUUCUUAGAUGAGAAGGAGGGAUUAUUACUCUCAGUGUACACCAGUCACCAGGCCUCCCGGUGCCGGUGCUAGGGUGUGGCAGGCAGGCCAUUUCCUCCCCGUGAGCCUCAGUGUCCCAGACUAGAAAGCGGAGGCUGGGGCCAUCUGGAGAGCGCCUUGGGUUCACCCCAGAGGGACAGGUGUCCCUUUCCUAUGGGAGCUUGCCUGCAGUGGGGUACGGCAGCCUCCAGAAAGCUCUCUUUGCUUAAUAGCACCCGACCUUGCUCUGCCUGCUCAGCGUUUUGAUUGCUAAAUUUAUAGUGUUAGUUUGCCUUCUUCAUGAGUGUCUUUAAAAGAACACUGGAGGCCUCUCCUGAAAGAGUUUUCUGUCUCGGGUGGACCCUGAGCCUCCCGAGCUCAGGGGAGGCUCUGCCUGGCCAGCUGUGUCUUGCUCCCCCGCCUUUGCCUUGCUGUCCCCCAGCCAUUUGGCUCCACACUGACUAGGCCUGCUCUGUGCCACAGGCAGGUCCUUCCAGCUUUCCUGUGCGGGACCAUCUCAACCGGGGAGCUUGGCCUCCGGUGACCUCCCUCUUUCCUAGGAAGAUGUUCCUGGUGGGCCUGACAGGGGGCAUUGCCUCAGGCAAGAGCUCGGUGAUCCAGGUGUUCCAGCAGCUGGGUUGUGCGGUGAUUGAUGUGGACGUCAUUGCCCGGCAUGAACCCCUGGGUUCCGCCAUCAUUUUGCCUCUGGUUGCUCAGAGUCCCCUGGCUGGGCUGGAGGCUCCAGCGAGUGACCCAGGCUCCUCUUCAUGCCACAGUCGUCCAGCCAGGGUACCCUGCCCACCGGCGUAUCGUGGAGGCCUUCGGCACUGAGGUCUUGCUGGAGAAUGGCGACAUCGAUCGAAAGGUCCUGGGGGACCUGAUCUUUAACCAGCCCGACCGGCGGCACCUGCUCAACUCCAUCACCCACCCCGAGAUAUGCAAGGAAAUGAUGAAGGAGACCUUCAAGUUCUUCCUCCGGGGAUACCGCUACGUGAUUCUGGAUAUCCCCCUGCUGUUUGAGACCAAGAAGCUGCUCAAGUACAUGAAGCACACGGUGGUGGUAUACUGUGACCGAGACACGCAGCUGGCCCGGCUGAUGCAGCGGAACAACCUGAACCGUGAUGACGCAGAGGCCCGGAUCAAGGCCCAGCUGCCCCUGAAGGACAAGGCCCGCAUGGCCCGCCACGUUCUAGACAACUCGGGCGAGUGGGGCGUCACCAAACGCCAGGUGGUCCUCCUGCACGCCGAGCUGGAGCGCUCCCUGGAGUACCUGCCACUGCGGCUCGGGGUCCUCACGGGGCUGGCCGGCAUCGCCAGUCUCCUCUACCUGCUCACCCACUACCUCCUGCCUUCCCCCUAGCGGGACCCUGCAAGGCAGGAAUUCCUGGGUCUCCCAUCUCCUCAGAGGCUGAAACCAGGUAAUGAAUGCAUCCGGUUUCCUCCCAACCCCUCAGCACACACACUCUGGAUCUGGGCUGGAGCCCUGCACUGGGCCGACCCUUCCUCGGAGCACAUCCUGUCCAAGGCAGAGAAGCAGCCCUCUGUCAGCAGAUGCUCCUUCCCACCUCCCCCAGCGCCCCUCCCUCUGGAACAGUGACCAUCACGGGCUGUGGAAGCAACAGUGGUAGACUCUUGUAACUUUCUUGUGGGCGGGGGUGAGGAGCACCUUCAGUGGCCGUCACCAGUGUUUAAAGCUGGGAGGGUCCCUGGGCUUGAACCCUUUCCUAGCACGUGCCCCGUCACGGCCAAAACCCCCUAUGUGGACCAUGGGAAAUCAGUUUAGACCAAGGGCUGCCUUCAAGCAGGAUUCCCCUGUAGAUUGAAGCCCUUGGCCAGGAGGCAGUAACAAUCCCCUUGUCGUGAUGCUGUAGUGAGGCAGAGGCCAGGCCUCUUCUGGGAUGACCCACUGUCCCACCGUGGCAUUUCCCUAGCACUCUCCGCACCCUGCUCCCCGCCUCCUACCACUCUACCUCCCUGAGCUCUUGCUAGGCUGCACGCGGUGCACCAGGCUGUUUCUGGCCUCUUUGCCUUCACCUUGCUGCUCCUCAAUCUGGAAAACCUUUUUUUUCCCCUACAACUGGCUACCUUCCAGCUCAGGCACCAUCUGAAGCCCCAGGCUGGGUUAGGUGCUCUGGGAUACCCCCUGCCCCACAUUUUACCUGAAUCCACAGUAUAAUAAUCAGCCAAAAACUGGUUAGUCUCUCCUACUAGACUGUAAGCCCUUUGAGGGCAGGAACUGUGUCUUAUUCAUCCGUGUUCCUGGUGCAGAGCCUGACUUGCCAUUGGUGCUGAAUAAAGUGUGUUGAUCUGAAA